AUGUCUCAACAACAAUCUAUGUAAAAAUCAGCCACUUAAUCAACUCUUCGAACUCUUACAAAUUAUGGAGGAUAAUAAAGAUUAGUCAAUUAUGCAAAUUUAUAAAGGAAUCUUUCUCCUCAAGCUGAAUUAUGUCUUGCAAAAGAUUACAAUUCCAAAAUUAAUAAAUAUGUGUAUGUAUUAUUAAAUAUUCUAGAAAACAAGAAAAAACUACAUGUACAUUACCCUCUGAAUGUGAUAGUAAAACUAUUGAAAUGUGUAAAGAAAAUUUAAAUAAAAUUGCAACUCUCUAAAAAAACAACCCCACACUUAAAUCUAGUGACCCUAUAACUUAAGAAAGUAGAACCUUAAAUGAAAAUAAGAGUCAUAUUAUAAAAACUCCUUUGAGUGAUGUAGAUAAUCUAUGGAAUUUUCAUAAUAAUCCUAUAGUUUCAAGAUAAAAUCCAAAUUCUAAAGUGAAUUAUUAAACAUAAUAACCUGAUUGGAAAUCUAGUUAAAAAUCAAUUCAACCAGCUCCUGCAAAAACAAAAGAUCUUUUUGAAAAAAGAGAACUUAAAGUAGCUGAUUCAAAACCAGCAGAUAGAAAUCCAAUUUUAGAUGAUAAUUAGGGAAAAUAAUAUGGAAAGCAUGAAUCAUAUGGAAAGACUGAUCAUUUAGAAUGCAAGAAAUUACUUUCAAAUGGUUAUGGUUAAGAAUUGAAAUAUAAAGAGGAUGUAUACUAUUUAUAUAUAUAUAUCUAGAAACAUUUGGCUUAGAAACCAAAUUCAUUUCAAUAAUCUGAAAGAACUUUCAAUUAUUCAACUGUUAAUUAAGGGGAUUAUAGAAAGAAACCAUCAGAGUUUGAAAACAAAAAUACAUUUUUUACUAGAAAAUGA